AUGGAUAAAUAUAUAAAUAUUGCCUCUCAAUUAAAUUGUGAUUUUUCUACAAAUUGUUUAUGGGCAAAUGCUCCUUCUGAUGGAUUACUCGAUAAUAGCGAUUUUUAUCUUUUCCAAAAGAAUAACGACAAAUCAUUUCCUAUACAAGUUGGACCAGGAAAUUCCCAUCCAGAAAUUGGUACUUAUUUUGCUUUUGCUGGAAAUUUAACAAAAGAUCCCAAUCACGCAACUUUAAUAAGUGCCCCAAUAGCCUGUCAAAGCACAACAGGAAUUCUCUCAUUUGAGUUUGAAAAACAUAUUUUUUUUGGAAAUUUUUUAAAUUUGUUUUUAAGAUAUUGGCUAUAUAAUAAUGCGAGAAUUGAAGUUAUUGUACUUAAAACAGUCAAUGUUGGAUGGCACUCAGUUUGUGGACGUAUAACCGAUAAGUACCAUCUAAUUAUUCUUCUAAUUAAUCCAAAAAAAUAUUUUUUCUUUUCAAGUCGAGGACAUUUAACAGUAAUUGAACGUCCAAUAACUGACUGUCAUUAUUUAAAACCAAACGGUCUUUGCCAAGUAGAAAUUAAAAGACAACCACAACCAUUUAGAUUAGCAUUAAGAGGAUUUAAAUUAAAUGACCAAACAAUUGGUUCUUUUGUUUUGUUAACAAAAAUUAAAUAUGAAGCUAAUUUAUGUGGAUUUUAUGUUAAAUGGGUACAUCAAAGAAAACCGAUUAUGACAACUUCUGAUUUGAAUUGUGGAAAUGAAGAGGGAAAUGAAGAAUUAUUUCAAGAAUGUCUUUGGUUUGAUUUUUCAAAAACAGCAAGUUCUAGUGUUUCCCACACAGCACAUUGGUCUAUUGGAGAAAAAACAUAUUUAUGGGAGCAAAUAGUCAGAACGCCUUCCAAACCUUCUGGCCAAUUUUAUUUUCAAUUUAUCGACCCAAUUGCCGAAUUUCCCCUUCCACAAUUACGUUCUGUGCUUGUUCCGUGUACUCAAAGCCCUUCAACUCUUAGUUUUAAAUUCUGGCUAAGUCCUGGAGUUCAAGCACAAAUAUGUACUUUGGGGACAGAUAAUGUAGCUCUGUCUUGUGUUUAUCUUAAUGAAGCUGAUGGUAAAAAGGAAUUAAAUUAA